AUGACAUCGAAACAAUUUACACCACCAACAGCCGAACAACGAACGAAAGCUCUUGGUGAUACAUCAAAAUUAGACACCGAUCUUCUUCAUGCAUUAACAGUCGGCAUCAAUGAAAGUUUUCUGCCCAUUCCAGUGCCAAACGAUGGUGACUGGCUAAGCAUAUACGAAGAAUCGGGACAAACUUUAAAACAAUUUGAAAAAACGAAAAGAACACGACCACAUUCAACUUACAGAACAAUUUAUGUACAACCAAUUGGCGAGUGUAACCAUCCACGAGCGCCAUCAUUGGAAACCAUCUGUGAAUUUUCAAGCCAUUUUUUCCCUGGAUGUUUAGUCGAAAUUUUACCUUCAAUCGACUUUGAUUCUAAAACAAUGAAACAACGUCUAAACCCGUACACAAAUCAACCACAAUAUUUAACCACAAAUCUAAUUGAUCAUCUGAAAAAAAUGCAAAGAAAACGUAGUCGUGAUCGACGUGAACUGUUUUGUGUUGGCAUUACAAUGGCUGAUAUUUAUCCACGAUCAUCGUGGAAUUUUGUUUAUGGUAUAGCUUCGAUUGAAGAUGGCGUCGGGAUUUAUUCAUUUGCUCGGUUGGACCCUAUGUUUCCCGGAACACCGGAUGACCAAUUUCCAUGCACGGAAGAAGAACGCUUGUUAAUCCUGAAACGAGCUAUUGGUGUUUUCGUCCAUGAAGUUAUUCAUUUGUUCGGAUUAGAACAUUGCAUUUACUAUUUGUGUUUGAUGAACGGAACAAAUAACGGAGAAGAAAUGGACGGGCAACCGUUGUAUCUGUGUCCCGUAUGUUUAAGGAAAAUGUAUUCGUCGUUGAAUGGAAAGACGAAUCCAUUUGAUGUGAAGAAGAUCUACAGGGGGAUAUCGGAUUUGUGUAGAAAAUUGAAUUUCAAAGAUGAAAUGGAUUGGUAUGAGAACAGAUUGAGAAUGUUGGAUGUGUAA